AUGAAGUCAAUAAUUAUCUUGGGUGUUUUGCUGGUCGUUUUUAUAUCCGCGGAAGCUAAGUCGGUACAGAAACGGGAAUGUCCAUUUAGGAAACCAUUUGAAGCAAACGCACCUAAAUGUAUGGACAAAAUAUCUGAAGAAAACAUGGGCCAUAUGAUGCAAGGCAAUUUGGACAAUGACGAAAUCCGUUGUUUCGUUGGCUGCGUAUUCGAAAACGCCGGUUUUGUGAAAGAUAACAGAGUUCAAAUGGACAAACUUAGAGAAGCCGUUGACAAUUUCGUUGAUGAUUACAAGUAUUCAAAAGACAUUGGCGACAAAGUUUACGGAGUUAUCAGCGAUUGUGCCUCUCAAGCCGAAAAAGGAGCAAACAAUUGCGAAGUUGCGGCAAACCUCCUUAUCUGUUUCAAGACCAACAACAAGUUCACAUAAUUUACUAAAUAAUUAUUGGGACCUAGGCCUAAGUGAAUUAAAAACUUGGUCAGAUCUUUCGAUGAUGAGAAAAAUGUAUAAAGAAUUGUAAUUUAAAAUUUAAAAAAAUGUGACAAAAAAAAUAAUGGGCAAAUUAAAGGAUAAUUAAUUUUUA